AUGAAGUACAUUCUUGCGAUAUCGUGCCUCCUGGCGUUAUCCGGGCCGGCGAGAGCUAAUGGGCUAGAAGGAUUAGUUUACGCGCCAGGGCAUGCUUCUGCGGAUUACUAUGCCUACCCAAGUUAUGCAUUCGAAUACGCCGUAAGAGAUCCUCACACCGGUGACAACAAAGCCCAAUGGGAAAAGCGCGAUGGCGACGUAGUAACCGGUGCAUAUUCGUUGGUGGAGCCAGAUGGCAGCAUACGAGUAGUGGAAUACCGAGCGGACGACAAAUCUGGUUUUAAUGCGGUCGUUAAACGAAUUGGACCUAACCUUCACCCAGAAUCAAAACCGAUCUACAAAGCACCCAUUCCGACCUUAGGCUACGCAGCGGCUCCUCUUACUGUAGGCCCGGUGGCCGGUCUUGGCGGUCUAUCGAGCGCUCCAUACUACAGCAAACCCUACAGUUCUGGAGCGUAUUCUUCUGCCUCAAUAUACAAAUCAGCAAUCCCAGCUGUCGUGAAAGAGGUCCUUCCGAUUCCACGUGUGGUACCGGCACCGAUCUACCCAGCCCCCGCGCCCAUUCCGCCUGCACCUCUACCUGCGCCAUUGCCCUUACCGAUACCUCUGCCUUCCUUGCACCCGGCCCCGUACUUGCCUCGACAGCGAAUUCCCAUUCCUGAACCGAUACCGUACGGUCCUCUUGGAGGAUACGACUCCCUCGGUUCAAACUAUUUGUAUUCCUCUCCACUAAGCUACCACUAG